CAGUCGCCGGACGACACGGGGUGACAAGACCACACGGCGGCUGUCCCACGCGGCUAUUGCGCCAUGCAAUGCUGCACUUGGACCGACUCGAGGCGUGGCAUUUGCUGCAGCAGCAGCUGGAGGAGUCAGCGGAGACCAUCCUCCCUGAGGAGGUGCAAUCGCCGCAAUCACCCAGCUCGCCGUCUCACGCUCUCAAUGUCGAGAGCAGCCCAGGUGAGGAGAGCGUUCGAUCUCCGAGAGAUGAGGCGUCGCCGGUGACCGAGUCCUCGGGCCGCUGGUCGGCGUCGCCUUCUUCUGCGCUGCGGCGAGAGCUGGCAGAGGCCGUGGCGCGGAGGGCAGAGAGCAAGGCAGCCUGGAGCCGCAGCGUGCGCCACGCCAGCACGGCCGAAGCCCGCGAGGAGCGAUGGGUAAAGAAGAUCACCUCUGAGCUGGAGGAGACAGGCGCUCGAGCUCAACAGAUGAAGAAGAAGUUCGCCCAGGAGCGGGACCGACUGCGCCAGCGGGUGCGCAACCUGCGGAUGCAGCACCGGCAGGCCGAGCGCAAGGCCACACUCGCCGCAAGCUCUGCGUUCGGCGCACUAGAGGCGCCGCGCGAGCGCGUUCCCGAACGGUUUCGCUUGGCGUCGACGGAGGAGGUGCAUUCCGUGGCGGAGCUACGGCCGAGCGGUGCCACUGCCAGCGUACCUCCGCGAGGUGGAGUGCGUGCAGUGCCUGCUGAGCCCAGGCGAAGAGAAGAGCACUUGGAACAGACCAUUGCCAGGCUGGCAGACACCCACCAGCAGUUGAAGCAACAGACUGCUGAGCUGCAAAGUUCAGCCCAGCUGUCCCAACGAGAAAUCGGUCAUAUGGAGAGUGUCUCUGUGCUUCGCACUCAGCUCCAGACCACUAACCACUCGCGGCGCCAAGAGCGGCAACGCCUGCGACAGGUGGAGCUUCAACUGCACCAGGAACAGCACCGUUGUUCGGCCGCCCGUGGCUCUGUCCGUGAGAUGACGGCAGAGCUACGACAUGUGGAGCAGCGGCAAGCUGAGCCUUUGCUGGAGGCGCCGGUUCUCUGCGAAUGGUUGGAAGCAGAGAUUGGGCUGCGCCAGGUGGAUCUGGUGAAAACGCGUCUCAGUACUCUUCAGCGCAGCCAGCACUCUCGCGAGGAGGUCUUAGACACGGCCAUCACCGAGAUCCAUGCGGAUUUGGACCACCGUGCUGAGGUGAUCCUCCACUUGGCCCAACGUGCCCGCGAGGCGCCGCCCUCGAGCGCGGCGGAACGCCUCGAAGUGGAUGCCGUACAGGCUGAGCUCCUACACCAGCGGGAGAUCUUUGACCUGCGCUGCCGCCAGGCUGAGGCGCUGAAGGGUCGAAAGGAUGAGACCACGACUGCGACGGGCCUGAAGGUGUGGCUUGCCUGGGCACAGCCCUACUACACACAAGAGUGGGAGGCAUUGAACCUCAAGCAGAAGGAGGAGAUCCGACAGAGGGAAGAUCUGGAAGAGCUUGAAGCGCGUAGGCGUCACCUGGAAGAAGUGAACUGCUCCACAUCUCAGGAGGCGCAGGAAGCUGCCAAUGCAGUGUCCCAACUCUCCCGGCAACGGGAGCUGAUCCUGAAGCAGGUGGAUGACCUGAGUCGCGAGGAACGUGCCCAGCAUAGCCGCUUGGAGCACGCGUCUUCAGCCUUGCAGCGCGACCGCCGCCGGGCUGUUGAGCAGACCUUGCGACAGCUGAGAGGCCGUGGAACUGCUUGGACCAAGGAGGAACGCGCCAGCGCCACGGAAGAGGCCCAAGAGCUGGUCGAAGCAGCGCGAGAGCGGCAGAUCGCCGAGCUGCAGGCGCUGGACGCGGAGACGGCGGAGGCGGCGAUGGCCAUGGCUUGGGCCAAGUCGGAGCUCCAGGAGUUGGCGGAGCGGCAGAAGGUGGAGCCCAAAGAGGUUCCGGUGCCAAGAGCGAGAAGUAACAGUCCAAAGGUGGCAAAGACGAAGCCGGUUCGCCAGACUGCUGAGUGCAGUGAGGAGCCCCAAGCCGCUGCGGUUAGAGGCGACAAGCAAGGUCGAGCUGCACGCUCGGAGGCGGACGCCGCCACCGACGCCGCUGCGGCCGCGGCCGCGGCGGAGGCCGCGCUGCGGCGCCACGGUGAAGCGGUGCGGGGCGUGGAGGCGCAGAGUGCGGAGGAGGAGGCUUUGCUGCGGAUGGAGCUUCAGGAAGCCCAGGAGUCCUUACGCCGCUGCCAGCUGGAGCAUCAGAGCCACACCCGUGCCGCACUGCAGAGAUUCCGAGAGGAUGAGCGAGAGGCAGAGGAGCUCCAUGAGCGUUUGGAAGCAGAGGAGUCCGCGUACGUCUCUGCUCGGCUCAGCGUCCCGGUGCCCUCGGAGGGGAGCAAAGAGAACCCUUCGCUGCCGGCCUCUCCCCGAAGGUCGAACCCUUCGGAGCGGCGCGUUCCCAGCGCGAGCCGCGGUUCGACCCGCGAGCGCUUCCCGUCGCUGCGCGGCAGCGCCGGGCGUUCGGGGCCGAUCUUGGAGCAGAAGGAAGUCCAGUCCUUCUACUCCCAGGUGAACGCGCUCCAAGGGGGUCUGCCGGUGCGCGCCUUGCGCCCCCGAAAGCAGACCUUUGAGGAGAAGAUGCUGGUCUUAAGCUCUGAUCUACAGCGCUUGGAACUCUGGCCCAAAAGCGCCUCCCGGCGCGUGGCCGAUGCCUUUCUCCGGUUGGAGUCGUUGUCCCACGUGCACCUGCCUGGUGUGGAAGCGAAGCCCAAGGCAGAGAAGUCGAGGCUUGCAGUGGAUCUCAUCCCCCUGCAUUCCUCACCUUGGCACCUCUUGGCUGCGGACGCCGCGACCUUUGAAUUGCUGCUCGCCGGAGUCCGCGCCUUGCUCCGCUUCCGCACCAAGCUGCCCGAGUUGGCCCUGCUCCACCGGCAGGACUUGCUGGAGCUGAGUGAGGCGUCUGAUCAGUCAGAGGAUGAAAGAGCGUUUGGCUGGGAUGUGGCUGGCUGGGAUGUGUGGGAAGAGUUCACUUCUGUAAGGGCCAUGGUGAAAAAUCCUGUUGCUCUCCUAACGAAGGUGUUUCGAGUGCCCAUUUGGAGUCAGCAGAUGUCAUCAGGUUGGCAUUUACGCGUGGAAUUCCUUCAACAGUACGACAUAGUACCACGAUUGAUAUUCAAGGUGUUGAGCUUGGGAGUCAUAGGCUUGCAGAUCAGACAAUUUGAUCAAGGGAUGGCCAUGAGGGCAAUGCACAGUGUUGCAAUGUUCAGCAUUGGUCGCUCUUCGGGCUUUUGCCCAAGAGCCCAACAUUUCAAGAACUCCUUUGAAGCAACCAUCUCUUAG